AAUUCAAAGUAUUGGAACAAGUCAUAUGAAAUAAAUAAUGAGCAUAUAAUUUAAAAUAAAGAAUUACUUUUCCCACAGCAAACAAUUAAAAAAAAAAAAAAAUGGGCGAUGCAGUGAAUAACACGUCAGAUCUAAUCUAAAGAAAACCCCAUACCGAAAAACCCACCGCAAAAGUAAGAAGGGUAUAAGCGUCCAUUCACAGCCAGAUACGCGUCUCCAUGAGGCCAUAAUUCCCUCACCAUUACCGACCUUUUCCCUUCAAAUCCCACCUCCUUCCUUCCCAUUCCCAAACCCAACCCGCAACUCUCUCUGCGUCUCCUCUAUUUCUCUCUCUAGAGAUCAACACGCAACCGCUUCUAUACCAAAUUAUUUGUAUUCUGAUUUUUCAGGUUUCCGCUUUUGAGUCUAAAAUGGCGCAGAGGACGGAGAAGGAGGAGACGGAGUUCAAGGUUGUGCCUGAGACCAUCUCCCUGUGCGUCCAGUGCGGCGUUGCGGGGAACUCCGCCGCUAAUAAUCUCUGUCAGAAGUGUUUCAACGCCACCACGGCGGCGUCAACCUCCGCCACCGCCGCCUCGACGUCGCCCGGGGCCGUGGCGAAGCCGUUAAAUCAUCUUUUGCUGGAGAAAUCCUUUAGAUCUAGCCCGUCUAGCCUGUCUCUGCCGGAGAGGAGGCUCGCUUCGGCGGGGACGAGUCGAGAUCUGAAAAAGGAGGCCUCUGUAGCGGCGGUUCCGAUGAAGAGAGAGGUCAAUAGGUGCUCGGGUUGCCGGAGGAAGGUAGGUCUGACCGGAUUCAGAUGCCGGUGCGGAGAACUUUUCUGCGCCGAUCAUCGAUACUCCGAUCGGCACGACUGUAGCUAUGAUUACAAAUCCGCCGGCCGGGAAGCCAUAGCGAGGGAGAAUCCGGUGGUCAAAGCCGCGAAAAUCGUCAAAAUAUGAGCUCCAAGCAAAGGGAAUACCAAUCAAAUAUGCAUCCCCGGCCGGCCGCAUAGUCAAAAUCGCCAUAUCUUCAGCAUAUGAAGAGCGAUGCGCUGGCUAUGUUACAGGUCUUCCGGUGAAGGAGUCGCCGGAAGAAUUGGGGCGAAACGAUGGGAAUUUCGACCUCUACUUUUCGUUUUUUAAUUACAAAGAAUUAGAAACGAAAAUUAUUGUGAAAAAUUAUAUAUGCCGUCCGUUGUUGUGUCUGAUGAAUUUCAAAUUGUGUUUGUAUGCCGAUUAAUUCUUUGUUUCAGUUAUAAUAUGAAGGGAAAGAUUGCAAUCAAA